AUGCAGUUGACUCAGUUCAUCGACCACCACAUCUCCCGCCCCAUCUCCGCCAGUCUUCUCCAUCCCGAGGACAGCCGGGACCUGCUGGAGGAGGAUAGCAGCUUGACCCUCGAGCGUUGCAAGGACUCCCCGAAGCUGCCUCCCCCGACGAGGUUCCGCAAGGGGCAGAGGCAGCAGGCGGCUGAAGGCACGGCGAGUCAGUCGAGCAGGCGGCACUACAGACGGGAGUGGAGCAGGCAAGUAGGGAGGCAGAUCAUGGGCUCUGCGGACAUGAAGCGGAUGGAGCUGGAGAGCAAGGGAGGGUGA